GGCCCGGAAGGGGCGGUGCUUGCUCGAAAGGCAACGCGGAGGUGGCGUGGCUUGGGGCAGAUCCCCAGCAAUUAACUGGGAAAGGUCGCUACGCUCGGCGACUGGGGAAGCGGCUGUGCGGACGUUGAGAGGCUGUUCCGGGGCUUAAGACUGAGGAGGUGUCAGUCCCCAGGAAGCGAGGGGAGGCGCUCCUCGUCCCGCCGCCCUCGUCCCGCCGUACUUUUCGGACGCGAGCGCCGGCUCCUAGGCAGGCUCCGCUCCAAGGCCUGAGGCUCCGUUAGCUCCCAGCUGGGCGCGCCUCGCUUCGCGCGGAAGACGACACUGUGGCUUGGCGGUGACGCUUCAGGGGCUUUCCUGCGAAGACAGCGGCCCUUGAGAAUUCCGGCGAAUGAAAGGGGAAAGAGUGGAAAAUGUGGGAGAUGGCCGUGUUUAUUAAGUGCGUUUUUCACUUACCAGCUGGUGCAUGAUCACCUGUGUCAGCUUUCAAAAGAGUCAGCAUUACUUCCCAACCACAAAAGACCUCUGAGCUGGGAAGGAAUGGAUCCGUGACCCAUUUGUGAAUAAGCCAGAUGAAUCGACUUUGUGCAAGUAGAGGAUCAACUAACUGCUUGAGAUCACAAAUUACAGUGGCCUUAAAACAUCCUCUCUUUGUGAAGCGGUGUUUUCUGCAAUGAUGGCAACCACGACAAGAUUAUGGAGUAGGCUGGACAUAAGCAGCACACUUCGGGUGUCACUGUCUCCCAUCACCCCCAGGUGGGACUGUCAGUCGCAAGAAACCAAGCUCAGGUCUCCCGCUGAUUCUACAUUAUGGUUUCACCGAAGAAACAUCUUAGAGAGUCAUCGCAUUUCCAAGAUUAACAUUUACAAUUUGGAGUUGUUGACCUUCUUAUAAGAAAGACUUUGGCCAUCAAAAUGAAAACUUUCUUUGAAGUUUUAGAACAAUUAUACAAGAAGGUACUUCUUGGAGCCACACUUGAAAAGGACAGCCAUGAUUACGUCUUUUAUCUCUACCCAGCAUUUUCAGAUCAAGAUUGUUCUGCAAGCACCUCCCCAGACUGCUCAAAUGCCCGUGAUGUUCAGGACAAGCAAGAGCCAUCCUCUGUCAGCUUGCCUACCUUGUCCGUAGCACCUGUGUGUUUGCAGAGACAUUCUCAGAUGAGCAAUACCCGAGAAAUAACGCUCCUUCAGUUAACAGUGAUCAGAGUGAUGAUAACCAGAGUAUUGUCUGUGGAAACUGAAUUCCAUGCAAAGGAGAAAUACAGAGAUAUAAUUAAAAUUCUUUUAAAAUCAUCUGACAUCGAGUCUCAAUUAACCUGUAUGUUCCAGAACUCGGAAAAAUUAUUAUCUCACAUGGCAGCAAAGUGCCUUGCACUAAUUCUGUAUUUCCAACUGAAGGAAAAGAUAACACUGAGUAAUUUCUGGAUUUCUUUUUGUCAAAAAAAUAUUUCUGAAUAUUCUGAAAGUAAUAAAGUAGUAUACUGCCUCUGGAUACUUACCUUUGUAAUUAAGGAAAUCUUUAAAGAUACAUCUUCACAAAAAACAGAAAUUCUAAAACAGUUCCUGACUCCUUUUGACACUCUUUUUGAAGUCUUUUACAAUUCCUUAUUUUCUCAGCGUUUUGAAAACCACCAAGAUGCUUCUAAACUAAUAAACAGUUUAAUAUGUUUCCUGGAAUUGCUUGAACUUCUUAUAGCCUCCAGAAUCCACCUGAAGUUACAUUUCACUUGCCAGAGGAUUUUAUUUUUGAAAGCUUCUUGUGUGUUUGAUGUUAUUACCUGGCCUGUUCAGGCUUUUGUCAAAAGGAAGUUGAUCAUCGUCAUAAAAAAGUGCCUUCUGUGCAACGCGGGUGAAGACCUUUGUCGGGGAUCUGUCCCUGCCUUCAUGCCACCAGAUAAUCCUUUGCAUGUGGACCUGCUGGCUUUGGCCAGCGCUGUUCUGCAAGCUGUGGAUUUGGGCUUGUUGAGGACGUUGUCUGUCCGUGGAAAACCUUCCUGCUUUGGAGGUGGUGAAGUCCUACCUGGAUAUGAGCAUGCCACUGGUCCAGAUCAUGUGAUUCUUAGAGCAUUGAGUUUACUUAUCAUAAGAUCCUUAGAAAUCAAGUUUCAAAAUUGUGCUUCAGCAAAUGAAAUGAAAGUUGAUUUACAGAGGUUCAUGUCUGAGUUACUGAUCUUCUUAAAGCCUCACCUUCAGCCCUCUCUGCAAUCACACAAUCUCUGUGAGUGGUUGUCUAGGGUCUUCAUAGAACAAGACGAUGACAUGCUGGAGGCUGCCAAAGCAUCGCUGGGCAUCUAUCUGAAGUUGACCAGAGAAUGUGAAGCUACUGAAAGCUUGACCCAAGAAAAAGAAAUGUGGAACCAUCACACACAUGAAAAUGGCUAUAAUCCACACUGUAUUUUUUUAUUUUUAUUAAAAAAUAUAGGAUUUGAUUCUACUGUUCUUCUUGAUUUUUUGAUUUCAUCAGAAACCUGUUUUCUUGAAUAUUUUGUUAGAUACUUAAAAUUAUUGCAAAAAGACUGGGAUAAUUUUUUCACCAUUUGCAACUAUUUUGAUGUAACUGAAUCUAAAGAUAACAUACAUAUUUGUUGUAUCUCCUCACUUGUCCAAAAUAGAAACAGCAACCCAACAGAAGCUAGUCCUUUGGCUGUUCUUGGUAGUCACACAAAUGCUCAUUCUUGGGUCUCCUGGGCCUCUGCUGCUUCUUCUGAAUCACUGAACCAUGGUGUAACGACAGAGAAGGCCUACACCAAGCCCCAGGCUAAUUGUCUUUCUACCCCAGGAGCUUCUCAAAGUCUGGUAGAUUAUGACAGCUCUGAUGAUUCUGAAGAAGGAUCCACAAGCCUGUGUUUAGUAAACAGUAGACUAACAUCUUCACACCAAGAAGCAAUGAAGAAAACUCAGGACACAUUUGGAGCAAGUGGGGAUAAAAAAGAACUUAGCCCAGAGUCUCAGUCAAGGCCUCUGGUUGCUAAAGAAUCUAAUACCCCAUUCUCUGUUUAUUGUGACGUAGCCCCAGAUAACACUGCUUCUGAAGUGGGAAUAUCUUACAGAACAGUAAAGUGCUUUGAAGAGCUACAAGGUGCCAUUUACCGUUUGCAGAAGAAAAAUCUGUUCCCAUAUAAUCCAACAGCACUUUUAAAGUUGUUAAAACAUAUUGAGAUGAUAUAUAAUAAAAGUAUGACCCCAUUGUAUAACAGUGACAUUUUAUUUCCAGGAACUGUUUUUCCUUAAUAUAAUUGUGCUUUAAUGAGAUAACAGUAUUAAAAAUAAUUAAUAAACCUCAAAAGAGUUUUCUAAA